CUGGCGGGCCUUUUCCCAUAUAUACCACACAAAUUCAGUGAACACAACUUAUUUCACACAAGUGCUCCCUGGUGACCUCAAGCAACUAACACACAAUAUUCUCCACACCAGAGCUACCCAUCUAUCUGAUCUUAAUCGAUUAUUGAAAAAUGGGUGCCGGUGGAAAUAUGGCAGCUACUGAGGAUUCCGAUCGUCGCGUGAAGAGGGUCAGGGGAACUAACGUUCUGCCGCGAGCUCCUCAUGAGAAGCCUAAUUUCACAUUGAGGGACUUGAAGAAGGCGAUACCACCACACUGUUUCGAACGAUCACUUCUGCACUCGUUGGCUUACCUUAUUGUCGAUUUUAUGGCCAAUUAUGCCAUGUACUUUGUGGCGUCGAAUUAUUUUCAUCUUCUUCCUUAUAAACUAGCCUAUCUUGCCUGGCCUAUUUAUGGUUUCUGUCAAGGUUGUGUUAUGUACGGCCUUUGGGUCAUUGGUCACGAAUGUGGCCACCAUGGCUUUAGCGACUAUCAAUGGGUUGACGACGCGAUAGGUCUUUUCACCCAUUCUCUCAUCCUCUGUCCUUACUACUCUUUCAAAAUCACCCACCGUCGCCACCACGCCAACACGUCGAACCUUGACCGUGAAGAGGCCUAUGUGCCGCAAACAAAACCUGAUCCGAAUUCAUGGUACUGGGGAAUUUACGGUACAUCAGGUCGUAUUGGCGUGCUACUCUUUAAAGUCACAUUAGGCUGGCCUUCUUAUCUUUUGUUCAACAUGGCUGGAAGAGGUUACAACAAAUUCGCCAACCAUUUCUACCCCUACAGUCCCAUGUAUUCGGCUCGUGAGCGAAUCGAAAUCUUGAUCUCGAAUGCAGGGAUUCUCGCAAUGCUUUACGCGCUCUAUCUUCUAACCGUCGCCAAAGGUCUUUCCCACACUCUUCUUGCCUACGGCAUCCCUCUACUCGUUCACAACGCUUUCCUUGUGAUUGUCACCUGCUUUCAACACACUCACCCUUCGUUGCCUCGCUACGAUGCAUCCGAAUGGGACUGGUUCAGAGGAGCUCUCUCGACGGUGGACAGAGACUACGGAAUCCUCAACCAUGUGUUUCAUCAUGUGACGGAUAGUCAUGUGGUCCACCAUUUGCUUUCGACGAUUCCUCACUAUCAUUCAAUGGAGGCCACAGAGGCCAUCAAGCCGAUACUGGGGGACUACUAUCAGUAUGAUCCGACGCCGUGGUACAAAGCCAUGUGGAGGGAGAUCAGAGCAUGUCUUUAUGUGGUGCCUGAUGAAGAUGAAAAGAAUAAAGGUGUGUAUUGGUUCAGUAACAAGACCAAGUAUGAUGACUAGUCUAUCAGGAUCAAAUUACAUUGAGGACCAAAUUUCACAAUUUUAUCCAACUUGGUCUUGUAAAAGGAACAUGGAAAAUUAGAUUACCCUUGGGUCUGUUUAUCUUUGUGUAAACCAUGAAGAUGAUGUACCAGCUGUAUAUCAAAUUAGAAAUAAUACUACUUCGUUUUAUCUCA